AUGUCUCUACCCGUACUCUCACGGCCUCUAGCCGACCCGCCGACGGGUGCGCUACCUCCAAUUCCUACGAGCAAACCUCCGAGAAAGAGUUUACCCCAGACUCCCUCCAGACUGAAAGCUCCGUCGAGGCCUUCAGCACUACCAACACCGCAGCCUGUUCAAUCGGCUCCUGAUCUGUCGCCCGAAAAACCCUCAGGCAUCCCUGCGAGCAAAGGUGUGCGAAAAACCGUCAGCAUCGGCUCAUUUCCACAGCCACCGAAUGGCGGUUCGCGUCCGCCCACCUCGGCUUCAAUGGCGUCCACCACGUCCACAAAAAAGAGGACAUCAGAUGGAGGACACAGCAUGCAAAACGCCUCGAUCAGGUCCAAGAAAUCCCCAAGAACCAGCGUCGCGGCAAGCUUUCGCUCAUCUCAAACCCCCAGUCUACUGAAUUCUGCCGGUGACGGUAUGGCCAUCUCGGCCAAGUUUGGAAAGAGGAUAUCGGACGCUCAGUCCAGCGUCCAUUCCCCUCCGCAAAGUAGGAGCUCAUCGGCCAACGGAUCUUACUCGACUAGUGCUACCACGUUCGAAGAAGAAGGGGAGGACAGUCGAGGUCGGACAAAAGAAUCGGAUGAAGGCACGGCUGAAUCAAAACGGAAUUCUAAAGGAAAAGAGGUGAAAGGCAACGUGAUUGUCAGUGUCCGUGUUCGACCCGAUACUGGGACUCCAAACAAUGCUCAAUCCGAAGGAGAAUGGAUGGUGGAUGGCCGAAGAGGUCUGGUUGCAUACCGCGGAAAAGAGGGCGGGGAUUACCAUCUCGACAAUGUUUUCACUACCCACGACGACAAUGCAAAGGUGUAUGAUGCUGCGGCCAAACGGCUGGUACGUCGAGUCAUGGAAGGAUAUCAUGGAACCGUGUUUGCAUACGGCAUGACAGGAACCGGCAAGACCUUUUCGAUGCAAGGGACCAUGAGCAGCCCUGGUGUGAUUCCACUGGCAAUCACCGAUAUCUUCUCCUACAUCAGAGAGACCCCGCACCGCGAAUUUCUUCUGCGAGUCAGCUACCUCGAGAUCUACAAUGAGAAAAUUCAUGACUUGUUGGCCGUGCCCGUCGGAGGUGGUGUCGGACAGCAGCAAGAGGAAAUUAAGCUGCGCGAGGAUAGCAAACGGGGUGUAUACGCCUCGCCUCUGAAGGAAGAGAUUGUGCAGAGCCCAACCCAGCUGCUACGGGUGAUCCACAGAGGAGACACUGCUCGCCGUACCGGAAGCACCCAGUUCAACGCGCGAAGUUCUCGAAGUCACGCAGUCGUUCAGAUUGUGGUCGAGAGCCGAGAGCGAAUACCAGGGUCAGGUUCCCUGCAGGAAAAUGGAAAGCGUGUGGCCAUGCUGCCGGGAGGUGUGCGGGUCUCGACGCUGAGCCUGAUCGAUCUUGCGGGAUCAGAACGUGCAGCAGAGGACAAGGAACGCCGUGCUGAAGGCGCGCACAUCAACAAGUCUCUGUUGACUUUGGGGACGGUCAUCGCGAAGCUAUCGGGCAAUCGCGAUAAAAACGGUAAUCCAACAGACAAAGACGGAAAACAUCUGCCGUACCGAGACAGCAAGCUCACCCGGUUGCUCCAACCAGCACUGUCUGGGAACUCGUUGGUGUCGAUCCUGUGUACCAUCCAGAUUGGAGCGGGCUUGACAACCGCAGGCAGCAACCACACGGGUGAAACCCUCAACACACUGAAAUUUGCUGCUCGUGCAAAGAACAACAUUGUCAGCCAUGCCAAGAGAGCCACAGAGGAGCUGGGCAGCGUCAAUGCAGGUCUGUUGGAACGAUAUAGAGCAGAGAUUGCAAGUCUCCGAUCUCAACUGGAGGGCCAACAGAAGACAGCCGCAGAGAAGGAAGAGCGGCAAUUGGAGAAAGAAGCCGAGCAGCGCCACGAGGAACAGAUGCUGGAGAUGCAGCUGGCCAGAACAGCACUCAAGGAGCGCAUCGAGCAUCUCAACCGUCUGAUCCUGUGUUCCAAGUCGACGGGCGUUAAUAGCGGAACAGUAUCGGCCUUGGGUAUGCACUCGCGGCUCUCUGGAGGGACAGAAUAUGCCGGCUCAAGGUCUGUGCGAUCGUCAGCCAGCCAGUCGACCUUGGGCGUGGCACCAAGUCUCGGGCGCCACCCGUCGGUGGCUUCCCUGGGAGGGCUGGCCUCGCCUUCCGGGCAGCUUUCAUUCUCGGGAAUUCCGGACCAGGACGAGGAAGGCGCUGAUGAUUUUGGCGACGGGAGAGCGCCCUUGCAGGCCCAAGUACGCGCCUUGCAGGCCGAUUUGCAGGACAAGACACGGUAUAUCUCGACUCUGGAGAAGAGGCUGCUGCAAGCUCGGCGCUCCAGCCACUCUCGAGUGUCGAUGGCGUUUAAUAAACCCGCGGGCGACGAGAGUGAAAUGCAGAGACGACUGGAUGAAAAGGAUGCGAUGAUUGCGGACUUGCAGAAGACAGUUGCCGCUCUUCGAUCCGCCGUGCGCAAGCGCGAGAUUGCGGAAUUGACGCCCGAGACGUCAUCCUCAGAGUUCAAGCAGAACCGUGCACAAGCUGGACAUCAGAGCAACAGUAGCAACAGCAGUUCCCAGCUCAGCAUUUCGAUUCAGCCGGUGUUGUCUGGUGGACCACGGUCGCCGCUGACGACGAGUCCAAUGACGAUCCUUUCCCCUCAAAAGGCAAUGGACAAGAAACGCAAGACGGUGGACGAAAUGUCGAGGAUGCUGGACGAAAUGAUCCAGGACAAGGUCGAGAGCGGACAACUGAACCGGAGAUCUUCAUCGGUUCGGGUGUCCUCGCGAGGCUCGUCAUCCGCGCGCCGGCAUUCACGACGGCUCUCGAUGGCGGGCAACAACGGUGCUGCAAUGCCGCCAGGGCCGGGGAUAGGAAGCAUGGUGGCGUCGCUGAGAGAGCGCGACUCGGUGAUGGAAGCGAAGGAGUCGAGUUGA